UCAGUCAGACCAGUGCUAACGUCCACUGAUGUGUGGGAGUUAAACAGACGGUUGUUUUGUCGUGUCUCAGAUUAAUAUUUUAUCACUUAAAGAUGAGUUCAGUCCAGAAUCUGAGAGAGUUGAUCAACCAGCGACUAACUGCUGCUGCUGAAGAAAUAUUCACAGAGUUUGAGAAAACCAUCGUCCAGUACGAGGAGGAGAUCGAUCGUCAGCGCAGACUGCUGGAUAACAUCUGGAAACCUGAGAUAAAGUUACACACAACAGACCUUCUGCAGCAACAUGUCCAGGAGGAGAAUGUUCUUGCUGAGCAGAAUCUCUGCAACCAGGAGAGGAACUCCAGUGUGGACCAGGAUGAUCUAGAUUCUCCACAGAUGAAAGAGGAGCAGGAGGAACUGUGCACCAGUGGGGAGGGAGAGCAUCUUGCACUGAUGCAAGAGGCUAACACACUGGUUCAGUGUAAAUCCAACUGUGUAGAAAUAUCCAGAGAAAUAUUUCUUGUAUCUGAUAAACCACUCGGCCAGUUGGAUGAAGAGAUUGAUUAUCAGCCCAGGCUGCUGGAUACCAACUGGAAACCACGAAUAAUUUUACACAGAAUUGAUCACCCACAUCAAGAUAUCUGGAAAGAGAGGAACGGUCUUGCUCAUCAGCAGCUCCGUAACCAGGAGAAGAAGUUUAGUCUGGACCAGGAGGACCCAACGCCUCCACAGAUUAAAGAGGAAGAGGAGACAUUCAGCACUUGUUUGGAUCAGAAAGACCCAGAACCUUCACAGAUUAAAGAGGAACCGGAGGAAUUCUGCACCAGCCUGGACCAGAAAGACCCAGAACCUUCACAGAUUACAGAGGAACCGGAGGAAUUCUGCACCAGCCUGGACCAGAAAGACCCAGAACCUUCACAGAUUAAAGAGGAACCGGAGGAACUCUGUACCAGUCAGCAGAAAGAGCAGAUUGUACUGAAUCAAACUACUGAUACCUUUCUAUUGACUUCAGCUGAUAAGGACGGUGACCACAGUGAACUAGAACCAAACAGGGAUCAGCUCCUCUCAUACAAUUCACCAGUAGCUGAGAGCCCACAUCAGGAGGGAAGUAAGCAUGUAGACUCAGGGUCAACUAGAAAUGCAGUGCUGAAGCCAAAGAAGAGUCAUAACAGAGAGAGCAGUCACAGUAACAAUGUAGACAAGUCUUCAUUGUCAGGAAGUCACUGUGAUACAGACACAGGUAGAAAGUCUUUCAAAUGUGAUGUUUGUGGAAAGACCUUUAAGAAUAAGUACCAAAUGAAGAAACAUCACCAAAUCCACAACAGUGCAAAACCAAGUGCUGACAAUGCAUGCAGAAAAAAAUGUAAUUCACCGUCUGACUUGAAAGUCAAUUUGAUAAUUGACAAAGGUGACAAACGGUUUUCUUGUGAAACCUGUGGGAAAUGUUUCAGCAAAAAUAGUCAUCUGAAAGUCCACAUGAGAACUCACACAGGUGAGAAGCCAUAUUUUUGUGAAAGAUGUGGGAAACGUUUCAAUAGAAAUAGUACUCUUACUGUCCACAUGAGAACACACACAGGUGAGAAGGCAUAUUUUUGUGAAAGAUGUGGGAAACGUUUCAAUAGAAAUAGUACUCUUACUGUCCACAUGAGAACACACACAGGUGAGAAGCCAUAUUUUUGUGAAAGAUGUGGGAAACAUUUCAAUAGAAAUAGUAAUCUUACUGUCCACAUGAAAACACACACUGGUGAGAAGCCAUAUUUUUGUGAAAGAUGUGGGAAAGGUUUUCGUGAACAUGGUAUGCUGACCAUCCACAUGAGAACUCACACAGGUGAGAAGCCAUAUUUUUGUGAAAGAUGUGGGAAAAGUUUUCGUGAACGUGGUAAGCUGACCAUCCACAUGAGAACUCACACAGGUGAGAAGCCAUAUUUUUGUGAGAGAUGUGGAAAAACUUUCAUUCAAAAUAAAGACUUGUUGUCCCACAUUAGAACUCACACAGGUGAGAAGCCAUAUUCUUGUAAAACCUGUGGAAAAAGUUUCAGGCAAGGCAGUCAUCUGAUUAGUCACAUGAGAACUCACACAGGUGAGAAGCCGUAUUCUUGUAAAACCUGCGGAAAAAGUUUCAGUCAACGUAGUAAUCUGACUGGCCACAUGAGAACUCACACAGGUGAAAAGCUGUAGUCCUGGAACAACAAUGGGAAGAAAGCUUCAAAAAACAUGCAUUCAUUCACAUCGUUCAGAGUAAAAGUUUUGUUGAUUCUGUGAGUUUAUUGUCUGUCAAACUGUGACACAUGGUUCUUUUAAAAUCUGUCAAACUCUCCAAUACAUGAUGACUUUUACAGAAGCAUGAUGCAUUUAUGCAAGAAAGACAAUUGGAGACAUCAUACUUCUGAGGAACGACCAAAUAGUUAAUUUAAUGUUGGUUAUCAAUUUCUGCAAGAGCCAAGUGGAAGGGGAUGAUGUUGGUCUGAUGUAAUGUAGUGAAAAUGAGUUCACACAUGAAUGUAACUUUUGAUUUAAUUACUCAUGUAAACUCAUGUUAAAUUCAUGUGAAUGUAAAUUGGUGGGUCUUUGUAAAAAUAAAUAAAUACAUAAAUUGCAUUUGAA